GUUCUGCAGAAAACAGCUAAUGUCGCUGAAGGAGGACAAUACCAAUAUACAUUUUGGUGAUAAAUAUCUACAGUUUUUAUUUUUACAAAAAUUGUAUUUCUGUCAUUAAAAUAAACUGUAAACUGGCGUAAAUUUAAAUUGGGUUAGGCGCUGGAAGGCAGAACGGCGAACAAGACGCGACUCCGAAGAUGCUCGGAGGCAGAGAUAGCGGCUAAUGUUAUUUCAGUGUCCGCUAGAAAACCUACCUGUGGAGGACAAACCUACUCGGCAUGUAAGCGGAGGGACGGCCACAUGUUCGCCAUCAAGAAGGAAUUUGUCGCCUUACAACACCCAAAUAUUCCAUUCUCCUCAUGGGAAAACUGUGGAGACGUAGUGUCUGCUAACCUCUAAACCCAGUUUAGAAACCAGCCUAAAGUUCCUGAGCAUGUCGUUGCUGAGCCUGAAGGGUGGUUCUGUCUGUCGGCACGGUCUCACCUCCUUGCACAAACGUCACAGCAGAAGAAGAGACAUCCCCCUCACCCCCUCUAGACCCUCAGCCAGCUGACUGUGCUACUGUUAUAGUUCAAGCAAAGGCUAAUUGUGUUUCGUUUAACAAAGGGUGCACAGUCCAAGUCCUUGGACGUCUUUUUCUACUGUAAGGGAUAUAACGGAGCAAUGCGUGCCUCUUUACAGCCUCCUUCACCCUGCAAUGGGUUCAAGUUAGUUUAGCUGCUGGAGUUUUUGUUGCAGCUUCUCUGCUUUGUGUCACCUUCAGACGGGAAGAUGGCCCUCCUCGUCGUCUGUGCGCUCUUCACCCUGUCCUGCUGGGUGUCCUUUUACUUUAUCUUGUGCAACAUCAACGGGCGCCGCAGCUACGAGUGGAACUGUCGCCUCGUCACGCUGGUGCACGGCAUCCUGGCAGUCUGCAUCACAGCGUACAUAGGCUACGUGGACGGGCCCUGGCCCUUCACUUAUCCAGGCACUAAGAACACCCCUCUACAGAUAAGUGCUUUGGUGCUAAGCUUGGGCUACUUUAUUUUUGACAUGGCCUGGUGCGUGUACUUCCGCACAGAGGGACCUGUUAUGCUAGCCCACCACACCAUGAGCAUCCUGGGAAUCCUUCUGACCCUGUGGCUGGGGGAGUCGGGCAUCGAGUCCUGCGCCGUCCUCUUUGGCAGCGAGAUCACCAACCCCCUCCUGCAGGCACGCUGGUUCCUCAAACAGACGGGCCGCUACGGGACUUGGCUGGGGGACGUCGUGGACGUCCUGUUCGUGCUGCUGUUUGUGACGAUGAGAAUCUUCGUGGGAGGCACAAUGCUGUACUGUGAGCUGAUCUCCCCAAGACCGAGAUUCUUCAUCAAGUGCGGAGGAGUGGCCAUGUACGCACUGUCCUGGGUCUUCAUGGUGGACAUUGUUCGAUUCGCCACACGGAAGAGGAAGGAAUGGCAGAGACAAAAGGACGGCCUUAAGGAGUCUUUAACAGCCAAUGGACACGAAGGAAAGAGGGACUAACUGGCUUUGGAUGCUCAUUCAAAAUAAAUUUUCUGUAUGUUAUCUUGCUUUUUUUUUUUUUAAUAAAUACUUUAUUUCCUGUCCUCAAAAUUCUAAUAACUGCGUGUUUUGAACAUAAUGUGUAUCAGGAUGAAGAUGUUGCAACUGAGUGUUUCUUAAAAAACACAACCUGCAGACAAAUGCGGAUGUGCUUCAUAUCACCUAAAAACCAAAGCACUUUCUAUAAAAAAAAAACAUGUGUUUUUGUUGCUUCUGCAGUGAACUGUGGCCUAGUCGUACUCGAUGCUGCUCCAGAGAGAAGUUCAAUGUUAGGAAAGAGGCAGGCAAAAAGGGAGCCUGUCAGAAAGUUUUAGCCAUAAAAAAGUAAAAGGCUAGGAGGUUACUUUAAAAAUACUUUUAAUGCCUUAUGAGAAGCAUUUUUUAAAGGCUUCCUCAGGGAUAUGUAGAAAUAUCAGAGAGAUUACUGAGACUAGAGAAAAGGAUGGUGCUAAAUUAAUGAAAAUGUUUUAAUGGCGUCUAAAGUUAUUGUAUGUUUCAUAGUUUGUCUAAAAAAGUUUAGUUUGUUUUACUUUUCUAAACCCAUAAGAUAAUUUUUUCCUUAAAAAUUAAAUUUAUUGGAAUAUACCACAGACCACGUGGACCACAUAGCACAUUUAUGAUGUUUUUCUGUUGUAUUUCUAGGUUCAGCAUACAUCAAGCAUGUAUAUUUUUUCUACGAUACUAUAGUUUUGUGUUUGUUACGGAUGUUUUAAACAGUUUUAACAUAAAACAUGAACAUUUUGUGUUUUAAAUCUCCUGUUGGACUGUAGGAAACAUUUUAAACAUCAUUAAGAUUUGCACUGAAAUCUCUUAGUUGGUUAAAUUUAGAAAUAUUUGAAAGAAUUGUGCGUUUCUGGUUGUUCUUGUGUCAAUAGUUUUGAGAUGAAAUGAAUUCCCACUAUGUGCAGAGGUUUUAGAUAUUUAUUUAUACUUUAAACAGCACUUCUUUUAAUCCUUUCUCUUGCAAUCCAUUUUACCGUUAAGUAAAAAUAACAUUGUUAUUCUGGCAUCAAUACCUAUGCUUUAUUUAAUUCCAACACUUUUAUUGUCCUUUCAUUUAUUUUGUCCUUUUAAUGAGUGUUUCUUUUUUUAAAGAUUCAAGUUGCAAUUUAUUUUAACACCGUCAUAUCCAAUAUGUUUUUUCAACCUGUCUGUGACUGUUAAGGAAUCUCUGUGCAUAAAAAAGUAAAAAUAUUCCUUUUGUGGCCCUUUUUUUUGUUUGAAUUGACUCUUGUGAUGUUGGUUUGUAUUAUACAUUUUACAGUAAACUUCAGAUUUUAUAUUGAAAAGAAUCUCCUUUGUAAUCCAUUUAAAAUGAUCACAUUUUUUAAAAUGUGAUUUGUUUGUUUUAAACAACAAAAAGUUAACUUUUGUGAACAUUUGUCUGAGCCGGAAGUUACAUCAACUGACCACACGAUGGCGGUGUAUUACAUUGUAAUGUCAUGGAGGCCACAUGGAACCAUAUUUAUAGCCUUAUGCAUAAAGGGAAACUGUUUCAGCUCACAAAUUCAGAAUUGUAUCAGUGCUUUUUUUUUUUUUGUUGUUUUUAACUUAAAAUUUUAUUUCUCUGUAAAAUAUGAAACAUUGAGUGUUCUUCCAAUAGUGGACUUAAAAGGGUCUGAAGUUCA